GUUUCAUUAGGGUAUUAGUCGUAGACAGCUGAAGGAGGUCUACUUUGAUAUUUGCGUAACAUGUAGUUGUUUUCUUUUUUCCAAAUGGCUGUACUAGUUAACACCUUCGCAAAACAUGCAACAGACGUGACCUCGUGUAGCUUUUCACCUAACAGUAAAGUUUUAGCUUCAAGUUCUGGGGACAAAUCCGUUCGAUUGUGGAAUAUUGAAAAUGGAAGCGAGUUGUCGGUGUCACCAUUGCUUGGGCAUACAUACAGUGUAAACUCUUGCAGUUUCUCUCCGUUUGGAACUAUACUUGCAACAGCCUCGACGGACUGUAGUGUUUUCCUCUGGGAUGUUGAUUCUGGUUCUAUGAUUACGGUUCUGCAAGGACAUAAAAACGUUGUUCGCGUAUGUCGGUUUUCACCAAACUCUCGAUUCCUCCUUACCGGUUCUGCGGAUGAAACGUUUUGUAUUUGGGAUGUAUCUUCUAAAAAGCUCGUCAAAUGCGUGGAUGGAUUGGAAAGUAGUGUGUUGACUUGUUGUUUUACGCCAGAUAGCUUACACAUAGUGACUGGGACGAGUAUGGGAGAUUUGUGUAUCUGGGAUGCUCAGAGUGGAAAAAUGAUGAAGUUCUAUGCGGAAGGACACGAUUUAGGAGUAGCUGACUGUUGCUUCUCGCCAACUUUUGGAUCAGCUAUACUGAAUACUGUGGAAUCCUCAUUUAUGACGCAAGUUGUUUUGCGCCGUCUUGGUCUUGAUACAAACUAUCCUGCUUUCCAAGACACAAGUGGUGGUGCCCCACAGUUCAUGCUUGCUACAGGUGGAAAUGAUAACCUUGUUAAGCUGUGGGACAUUUUCACUGCUUCAGCAUUUUCAGCGGAGUGCCACAUCCGUAAACGCUGUUCACUAAAUGGUCACCAGGGCCCAGUGCAUGGCAUUGCUAUGUCACCAAAUGGCAAAAUCAUGGCAUCAGGGUCUUCAGACAAGUUAGUUAUCCUUUGGGAUCCAUUACUGGGAGUAUCAUUGCUAACAUUGGAGGGGCAUACAAGGUAUGUAACUUGUUGUGCAUUUUCUUUGGAUGGGAACUGGAUGGCAACAGGAUCAAAUGACAGAAUGGUGAAGCUUUGGAAAAUUUGUUUAACUGAGAGUGGUGAACUGGACCAGUCAGGCAGAUCAACAUCAAAGCCAAUUCUUCAGAGUACACCAGUGAAGAAACAGGAGCCUCAGGAACCCAAGAAACAAAGGAAGAAACUUGUGACAUGGAGUAUUGAUGAUGUCUGUAGCUGGCUUAUUUCACUGGAUCUUGAUAUUUACUGUGAAUCAUUCCGUCAGAAUGCCAUUGAUGGAAUGGAGCUGUCCAAUAUGACCAGUGAAGUGUUGGCAUCAGACCUUGGUAUUGGUCCAGCUGGUCAUCGAAAUAAAAUUUUGCGAACAGUUAAGGAAAUUAAGAAGGAGGAACUGGAGGAAGAUAUACCUGAUGAAUUUCUGUGUCCCAUAACAAGAGAAAUCAUGACUGAUCCUGUCAUUGCCGCAGAUGGCUACACGUAUGAACGUGCAUCUAUUGAUGAAUGGCUGACCUCUGGUCGUCUAACAAGCCCGAUGACAAAUGCUCCUUUGAAGAAUUCUUCUCUGACACCCAACAGAAUGCUCUUUAUGCUGAUACAGAGACACUUUAGUGGACAAAAUAUUAACGUUUGAUACGUAUGCACACUCGCUAACUCAUCUAAAGUUUUUAUGUGUGCGACAAGAGUACUUUAUGUCAUCGUAAUAAUUUGUUAUUUAAUGAUUUUAAAUUAAUGUAGUUAAAUGUAGCCUUUCCGGGCUGUCAUAUUGUAUAAAACACCGCGAAAGCGGGCGUCUGAGAGAAAAUACGGUGGGGAACUGGAGAGAGAGGGAAGGAAAAUCUCUCGCCCCAACCCCUCUCCCUUCCUUGGCCUACCCUCUUCAGAACCCCUUUUCGUUUUUCCUUACUGAUGGAGGGUUUGGUAGGAAUAAUUUCAACAACCUUAUCCGUAUGUUGGAAGAUAUUUUGCUAUGUCCCAGAUAUUUAAAAUGCGUUACUAUAUAUUGAGCUAGAGGUGCCCUAGUAAUGCGGCGGCCGCCUCAUGGGUGAUGUAAAAGCCCUAUCGCACAUGCUCGUUUUGAUUUUAGAUAUUUAGAUACACUUUGAUUAGAAACGUCUGGCGAUGUAUUUUGAACGAUCCUAAGAGGACCAUUGGGAAACGAUGAACACAUUUUGAGGGUUCCCUUCAUAGUAAUCACUAUAACAAGCAAAAACGGCCUCAGCUAAAAAUGUUGGUGCCGUUGUUGAAAUGUUUCGUUUUGAAAUACGCAGUUGUUGACAAUAUUUUUUUGUGCGAAACAUUACUUUGUUUUUGAGUCAUGAAGUCUGUGAGAAUGAGCAACCGCCAUCAGGAAAAAAAAUGCCACGCUUGAGUCAAGUAUGUUGGUAAAGGAGGAGGAGGAAUUUGCUACUGUUUAAUUACUUAUAUCAACUUUGUAUCGAAACACGGUCAGUUUGGCCACUCUUGAUUUCGUCAAAAUAUAUAAUCUACAACCUGG